UCCGGAGGCGGAAGGGCGGAGCGAGGAUGGCAGGAAGGAACGGACGUGUCCUUCCGUCAGGGGAUUCGCCAGCGCAGCCAUGGAGCUUGAGACAAUGAGCAGAUACACUAGUCCAGUGAAUCCGGCUGUGUUUCCACAUCUCACUGUGGUGCUUCUGGCCAUUGGCAUGUUCUUCACAGCUUGGUUCUUUGUUUAUGAAGUGACAUCUACCAAGUAUACCCGGGACAUUUACAAAGAACUGCUCAUCUCUCUAGUAGCAUCACUCUUCAUGGGCUUUGGAGUACUCUUCUUAUUGCUGUGGGUUGGAAUCUAUGUGUGACAGUAAGCUAGGAGUUAUUUCAGACUAAGAUGAACUGAAAUACAGGGACAAAUUAAAAAACUUGCAGCAUUCAAAAAUUCCAGAAGGCUUUCUGCACCUCCUUUUUACUUUUUUAUUGAACAGUGUGGCUUAUCACGGUUCUGGACUAUAAAUUUUAAGAUGUGAGAAUUCUAAUGUCAGACCAAUAAAGCUGAAUCUGUGAUAAGCUGAA